UAGCACCUGGGCAAAAAAUAGCUCUGUCCACCAUGGCAAUCACGGAUCGGACUUGGAGCUAAAUGUAAACUCCGAUUACGAACCUUCUUUGUUGAUCAAUACAGAGAUAAAAAUAUUCGCCGGCUCCCUACCUAUAGUACUUUGUCAUGCUCUUAGAAAAACUCAGCGGUACCUUGGGGAACGGUAACCUUUGUUACCCGAGAGUGUGUGUGCCGUGUUCCAUCGCGCCGGGCAUCAAAACAAGCCUUUAUUGGAUCUAAGAGGGAGACCGAUGGCACCUGCUACCUGCAUGCAGGUGAAAUUCGGUUUCUGCCACCCAGCCGUGUUAGGCAUGUUCCGAACUCGAGGGGACAAUUAAUUUCUUUCCUCACUUGAUCCAAGUUUCCAGCUGACCAUAUCAUACCAACCACCACCACCACCACCAUUAAUUCAGCUCUUAAUCGGCUGCAUCUUGUGUCGUGUCCUGGCAAACUGUUCGCUGGCAAUGCGCGCCCAAGUCAAGGAAUGCCAGACCAUUGUUCAAUCUCGAUCAGGCGAAUGUCAUCACCAUUCCUGCGCCAGGUCCAGUGGGAUAAAUAGGUAUUCUUUAAAUACUCGUUUGAUCCACUAUUGCCACAAGGGUCCAUCCUGUGGAAAGCGGCAUUUUAGGCGGCUUCCGAUCGAUACAGUACUAUCAAUCCAACAAACCCCGUGCAAUCAAUAGGGUUGGAAGCCAUGAGUGAAGGUAACAGGGAGACAAAGGGUUUCUGGGGCUUUCUCAAGUCCAAAACAAAUCUUAACAAGGGCGACUAUCGGGACGACCGCAACUAUGACCGGUCACGUGGAAGAGAUGACUUCUACAGCCCCGACUCAUAUCAUGAAUCCAGUAGAAGUGUCGAUGUUAAGGGGAAAGCUCCGGAGAGGCCAUUUGCGCCACCUUCCCCGGUAGCAGGCCGCAGGCGGCGAGGACGAGGACCUCUGCACGACUGGCCGCCUUCGGGAGUCUUGAGCCACGAGGACCUGACCCUAGGCCACGCCCUAGACUUGGUUUCCAGAGGAGCCCCGGUAUGGAACGGCCACAAGCGGCCCAUCCAACAUUUCCCCGAAGAAUAUUGUCAUCUAUAUGCCACGACAACCCCUGGCAGCAACAGGAAUAACAAAAAGAAGGGCAAGGACAACCGGCAAGAUGCCAAGGACAGCGAUGGCGCCAAUCUCCACAACGCGAUGGUGCAACUGAUGACAAUGUGCUUAAUGCCGCCCGGCCCUGCGGCCAAGCCCUGGGACACGGUGGAACAGCGCCCGAGCUAUGCCUUUCACUAUGGUGUUCGUCCUGGCACCGUGACGCUCAACAGUUGGGUCUCUCGUGCCAGCCUUUUGCCGCCGCCAAUCGCCCUGCGUGACUCGGGCGUGACGCCCCGUGACGCUGAUCUCGAGACGAUAUUGAAGCGGCUCCAGGAGCUCGAACUCUACGGGCUCGAAGAAGAUGACGAGAAGCUCAUGUAUAGGAAUCUGUACCGAAAGUUUUUGCGAGAUCCAGAAAAGGAUACUAGACCCCACAGGACACUGGAUCUGCAAAUCACCGACUUGAUAAUGGUGCUCUCACGACCAGCGGGCGGCCCUGGAGGUUGGAUCGACUACUCAGAACCCCGCAAUCAGAUUGCGACGAGAUUUCUGUUUGAUACCAGCGAGGGGAAUCACGAAAACUAUGUCCGAUUCUUCCACCAGUUGCUUCUGAGCUGCGAGCUAGACCUUCGGAUCAACGCUCGAAAACAUAUUGAUGCAGCCCGCCAUAAGCUCCUGGUACAGCUACCUCCUUCCAUAAAGUGGAGCAUAGCAUUGUCGAGGCGUUGGCUGGACAACAUGAGGAUAGAGAAGUACGGCGAGACAGCUAAACAAGUCGAAAUUCGGUUCAGGCUCAAGAACAGGCAAAUAAAAAUGCUCAAGCGUUUUGCCCAGAUGUUAAAGUGGCCCAAUCUCGCCGUUACAGUCGAGGAAAUAUACCAAGCCGACGAUGACAACGCACUGGGCACCAUCAGUUCUCACGCAAUGGCUUUCUUCAGCGGUCUUGUUCUUCCAGGGCCUACGUUUCCAUUCCUGAUGAUGAACUCGCUGGUAGAUUUGGACCCCGACAAGGCAACGGAUGACCUUGCUCUCUUAACUCACAUACACCCAUCCUGUGGGUUUCAAUACCGCGGAGGCCAAACCUACUGGUCAUCAGCUUCUAUUGUGGGUAAGGUUCUGGCGCCAACGUGUAUGGAAGUCGGUGGCUGGGUGGGCCCGGCACUGUCGACGACGGACUUGCCCCGUACACAAAUUGCCCGGAUUCGAACUCGGUUACCCAAGCCUACGCCUAACGGCAGCAAUGCCUCGGUAGCAAGGACGGCCAGCCCAACCGACAAAAGGUUGAUAACACCUGAGCAGGUCUUAUCCAUGAAAGAACGGUCAGAUCCACUCGGGCCUCCAUCGGACGUAUAUCCCGUCCGCGACUAUGAUCUGCCCCUGCCAAAGGGUGAUUCAUUGGGCAACGACGAGAUCAUCGAUAUUGUCCGGCUUGUCAAGCUGACACUUAAGCGGCUCGGUGGACCUCCGCCUGAUAAUAAGCCAGCCGGCGUAGCACAGUAUGAUGCAGGAGUACAGUUCGCCAUCGACGGUGUCUCAUGGCCGCUGCGGCUCAGCUUCGACGUUGACUUCAUAUAUGCCCACCCAUGUGAGCCAAACGGCGGACCUCACCCCUUAUUCUUUGAAUAUGCCUAUGUCAGUGUACCAGUCGACAGGGUCGUCGACGUCCACGACUGGGGCGGUCUGUACGGUGGAGGUCGGGACAGCUCAGCAUCGUCGCUGAGUACUGCUGGAGGCGGGCCACGGCCGCCAAGACGUCCACCACCAGUGAAGCGAGACCCCAAGGAGUCAGACAAAGUGCUCGUGGUUGAAGCGUUUGGAGUGCCCGAUAAUGAGGUGUUGGCGCGCGCUUGGUGUGCGCAUUGGGGCCUGAGUUCGGUGGUAGCGGACGUAAGAAAGACAUGUAUGGCCUGCGCCAUCCGGACGGCUUAUGCCGCGACAGUGACAGUUGUCAUUUUGGUCGAAAACGUCAAGGGGUCAAGGGAGAUUUUUAAUGGUGAUUAAUGAUACCCAGUUCAGCUUAGGUUUUCUGUAUUAAUAUAAUAAUACAUUUACACAUUGGUAA